AUGGGAAAAAAGCGCAAAAGACCCUUCAAGGAUCGUGGUCCCACGCCCUCGUCUCACACGGGUAUCACCACAUCUCCCCGCCGUUUCAGAAACCCCCAUGCUCCAAUUUCCCUGGGAAAGAACACAAGCCAUCCCGUUAUCUCCCUGUACUACCGACAUGUGGUACCCCUGCGGGAGUACCUGCUCCAGCAACUCCCUGCGACAUCGAAGUCGCGUCGGCGCCGCAUCCUGGCACUUGAACCGCGUGCAGAUCAAGACCCUGAUACACAAUCUCAAACACUGGCGGAACUGCUCGACUCCACCUUGGUGGGUGUACUGAAGGAAUCUUCUCCAGUCCUCAAUUCAGAGCGGCAACGGGAAUAUCUGUCUUAUAAUUCGUCUCCAUCACGAUCUAUUCUUACCUGCACCGACACGGGGCCGACCUGCCCACAGUCUGAGGUGGUUGAUUUCGUGAUAUGGAAACUCUUCAAUCAUAACAGUGGCCCUUAUGGGAAACCCCAGCAUCUGCUUACGCAUGGCUUUCAACGCCCAGUCAUGGGGCAGAAUGCCCAAGAGACUGCCAUCCCCGGCGUCAUGUCUCAAUUUCCCAACCAGAAUGUUGAAACGUUAAAACAGGGCGCAUGGGCAGAGAUCCUUGAUUUGCUGGGUAGUAAUGGCGAGGAUAUCAUGAUGCAACUCCUCUUCGAUUGCGGUAUCUUUGCCGCGAUGGACGCUCGAAGGGGUAUCUACUACCAACUCAGUGGUCUGCCGCUCUCGGUUCUUGAGCCUCUGAGCGCUGCCUCAGUGGUGACCAAUGGGUUUGCUGUCGCAGGAGAAAACACAAUCCCUCCCACUGGCCAAAAAUUUCCCAAAGGGAAUGCGUGCAAGCGGAAGUCCGAGAAGAAACUCCGAACCCCAAACGAGAUUGUCUUUCUACGGCGGCGAAUGCUCUAUGGUCGAGCCGAGUCCAAAAAGAAAGUCCCGUCUGGAUUAGGUCAAACACAUGUUCUUAAUCGCUUCUCAUCGCUUGAUUCGACGGCGCAACUGGUCCAUGUGAUGAAGUACAUUUUCCCCCGACAGUUUGGCUUGCUGAAUGUGUUUAUGCCGGACUCGGAGGACCGCAAUAGUACUGAUGAAUGGAAGGGCUUCAUGUUCCGUGAGAACGAGAUAUCUUUGUUGGAGGACAAGGUACAAGGACAGCGCUCUCAGCCCCAGAAUAAACCUGCAGAUGCAGAUUGUGGCGGCCAAAGAAAUAUCAAGGUACCUAAGAGACUUCGUGGAAAUACCACAGAGCUUGUUCGGAAGCUGCGGAACCGCAAUGCACAAUGUCCCUACGGAGAGUUGCUGCGAUACUAUUGUCCAACCGAACAGACGGGACCCAGCAGACUUGGUGCAUUCGCUACCUCCACGCCUGAUGCUAAAAACAGCGAGCCUUUCUCUUCCCUGCAGACAAGUUUCGUCACACAGGUGAGAAUCAAUCCAUCGUCAAGCGAUAGUUCGGCGCAAGCUGCAUGUGAUGCUUCGAUAUGGCAGCCUUCCACGGGCAUGGGUGUAGCCUGUGGGACAGAUUCCAGGCAACCGCCAGCCAUUCGACCUGCUCCAUCCAGUCUAACUGAUCAUGCUACUCCGGCCUCUUCGGUGUCGGCAUUUUGUCGAACGGUGAUCCAGAAAUUAAUCCCCCGACAGUUUUUUGGUGUCGGCCCGGAUGGCAUCUCGAACUUUAGGCUUAUUCUCAGACACGUUGACCGAUUUAUAAAAUUGCGUCGGUUCGAGAGUCUAAGUCUGCAUCAAGUGUGCAAGAGUAUCAAGAUAACAAGCAUUCCUUGGCUAGAGCCACCACAGGUCCAGACUUCACGAUCCGAGACAAGAUCGAAGAUUUCUCUGUCUGACUUGCACAAACGGACGGAAAUACUUCAUGAGUUCAUCUUUUGGAUUUUCGAUGCAAUCCUCAUUCCUCUCAUACGCUCCAAUUUCUAUGUGACCGAAUCUCAAACGCACCGAAAUCGCCUUUUCUAUUUUCGCCAUGAUGUGUGGAAGCAAUUGAUCCAGCAACCCUUUGGGGAGUUGAAAGCAUGUAUGUUCGAAGAGCUUGAGCCAGAGCGUGCUGAACGUGUGCUGGCACGACGUUCCCUUGGCUUUGGUUCCCUUCGUUUGCUCCCCAAAUCUGCUGGCAUCCGGCCCAUUCUGAAUCUUCGCAAACGAGUUGUGAAGGAAACAUCGUGGGGAAAGGGGCGCACGUUCCUCGCCCCCAGUAUCAAUUCAAGUAUCACGCCUAUCUUCAGCAUGUUGACUUACGAGCGCCAGCAAGCUCCCUCCAAGCUGGGCUCCUCAAUGCUAUCCGUUGGAGAUAUACAUGGGCGAUUGAAGGCGUACAAAGAGAAAUUGUCUAAUCGACUUUCGAAUUCUCAGCUUGGCAAACCCAAGCUCCCGCCGAUGAACUUCGUGAAACUUGACAUAAAGGCUUGCUUCGAUACUAUUCCACAGAAGAAGUUGCUCAAACUUAUUGCAGAGCUGGUCUCUGAAGAGAGCUACCAUAUCUCAAAGCAUAUUGAAUUCCAACCACCGGUUUCCACUAUCAAGCAAGGCAAACCCAUACGAAAAUACAGGGCCCGUGCUGCACCCGCAAUGAGACAGCAACAUCUGCCUGAUUUCAUUAAUGAUGGACCACCAGGGCGGAAGGCCAACACCGUUUUCGUUGACUCUAUAGGCCAAAAAGAGCAUAACGCUGAUAGUCUCUUAGACCUGCUUGAUGAACAUGUCCGCAACAACCUCGUGAAGAUAGGCAAGAAGUAUUUCCGCCAACGCAACGGUAUUCCUCAGGGCUCCGUUCUCUCCAGCAUCCUUUGCAAUUUUUUCUACGCUGAGCUAGAACGAGAGGCACUGGGUUUCAUCAACCCUGAGACCUCUCUACUCAUGCGACUCGUGGACGACUUCCUCCUCAUUACACCAAACGCGGACACGGCUAUGCAGUUCCUAGAGGUAAUGAUCCGGGGCCAGCCAUCGUACGGUGUGCAAGUCAAUCCAGGCAAAAGCAUGGCGAAUUUCAGCGCCUCGGUUGGCGGGGUUCUGCUCCCUCGCCUAGAAGGUUCCCCAUUGUUUCCGUAUUGCGGCAGUCUCAUCGAUACGCAUACAUUGGAAAUUCACCGCGACAAAGAACGCAUUCUCGAGGGCGGCGAGUCAGCUGCUGCCACACUCUCUGACACAUUGACUGUCGACGCUACCCGUCUACCAGGUCGCACUCUUCAGCGGAAAGUACUGAGUGCAUUCCGCCUGCAGCUACAUCCAAUGUACAUCGAUGAUGGGCACAACUCGCGCGCCGUUGUGCUAUCCAAUCUCUACUCCAGCUUCAUCACUUCUGCCAUGAAGAUGUACCACUACAUGAAGUCGCUUCGGGGCCGUGCACAUCCGGGCCCUGCCAUCAUAAAGAAGACUAUCCAAGAUCUCAUUAAACAGACAGCCGGCACUAUCCAAGCUCGGCGUGUGGAUAAGUCGGAAUCUGCAUUGUCGUGUUUCGGCCAGCGGUCCCAUGUGCAGUAUCUAGCUUCGGCGGCAUUUCGGUUUGUUUUGAAGCGCAAGCAAACGCGGUAUGCGGCGGUGUUGCGCUGGCUAGACUCCCUAGCCAAAGAUGCUCGACCCACAUCGGAUUCCGAGGCGUUAAGGAUGACGCAGGUGGUGAAGAAGGGAAAUGCCAUGUUUGAGGAAUGGCGAUUUUAA